AUGGGUUCUAGCGACGGAAGCUCGACCGAUUAUGGCUCCUCCGAUUUCGACUCCGACACCGGCUCCCGCGUUUCUUCGAUGUCGGCCACUUCCGCCAACGAUGAGCAAUUCAUGAUCGACCACGAGCCACUUCACGAAAAAGACAUGGAAGUUGAUUUAACCGCUUUUCACGAUUGCUGCCGAAAGAUUCUUGCCAAACCUCUUCCUCCGAAUGCGUCUACAGCAAUUCUGUGUCGAUUCAAAGCAUCCUCCGCUGCCGACCGUCGUCAAUUGGAAAAAGAGAGGAAGAAGAAAGUGCGAUCGGCGAACAAGCAAAAGAAGGAGUGGGAAAAUCUGAGCCGCAGCAAGCCAACCCAUCACACAUCUGCGGAUAAACAACUUGAGAGCAUCGCCAAGAGAGGCGUGGUUGAUUUCUUCAACGCGAUCGAGAAGCAUCAGAGCGAAAUGAAACGGAAGCUGGAGGCGGCUGGAUCGACCGAGUUCCGACGAAGCAAAGUCAUCAAAGCAACGAAAGAAAGCGACAUUACCGACAAAAUUGAGAAAGAACAGGCGAAGAAAGGAAGCUCUAAGUGGGCGGCACUUUCGAAGGACGAUUCGGCAAUGAUGGUUGGAGAAGACGAAGAAGCGAUGGAAAACGACUGA